AUGAAGCGUCUGCAAAUUAACCCGACCACCUGGGAAGAACUUGCCCGCGAUCGACCGACCUGGAGAAGGACAGUGAAGACAGGCGCUGCGAUCUACGAAGCCAGCCGUAUUGCCGUCUCCAAAGCGAAACGCAAAACACGCAAAUCACAGCCACGCCCAGUCCGCAACGCCGACGCACAACCGCUUCCAAUGUGUCCUCGAGGCCGUCGGACAUUCCGGGCACGAACUGGACUUAUUGGACACCUUCGGAUCAACUGCACCUCUCGGACAGCACCCACUGUCGUCCCACCGCCCACCUCUUCCCCGUCCUCUCCGCCGCCAACUAACUCUGGCCAAUCUUCUGUACCACCACUUCCAUCCUCCUCCUACUCCUCCUCCUCCACUGCCCCAACGAUGGCCGUUCAGGCGGCCGUCACGCACAGCAACAACCCUGACACAACAGCCGACACCACCCCCCUGCCUCCGACUCCAGCGAUGAGGACGAGAACUACAGCUGUUCACACUGUGACCGCUCCUCCACCUCACGCAUCGGCCUGGUCGGUCACUUGCGAAUCCAUCGCACAGAGGCUGGCGAACCAGUGUCCGGAGCACCAACCUACACCCACCGCACUCGCCUCCACUGCCCACACUGCCCUCGCACUUUCACGCAUCGCAUUGGUCUCUUCGACCACAUGCGCAUCCACGAACACCUGCGGCAGACCACCGCCGGCCGCACCACACCAUCACACCCUCCCUCCCUCACCACCGCCAGCACCACCCCACCACGCAUCAACACUCACCCAUCGCAAGCACCAAACUGCCACCUGCCACGCAAGUGGGAAGUGUGCAUCUCGACUCAAUCUCCAUGAGGCUGAACUAGCAGGUCAUAGUUAUGAGACGCGAUGCCUGCAUAGCCUCUGGGACAAAUUUUUCAUUGAAAAUGGCAUUCUGUUCCAUCUUGACAAUGAACAAUACCCAAAGCGAGUCGUCCUACCGCUUUCGAUGGUGGAUGACGUGGUUGAAAGGAUGCAUGCGAAACUAGGGCAUUCCGGCAUCCAUUUGACCGAGUGGGCCUUUCGUUGA